CGACUGAUCAAAGCCUCCAUACCUGACAUUAGCUUUUGCUUACUGUGCUGCAGACUCUCCUUGAAUCCAUGGUGGAUGCAGCAGAAAAUCUUUGCCCAAAUGUAAUGAAGAAAGCUCAUAUCCGUGAAGACCUGAUUGAAGCUAGCACUGAGAAGAUUUCCAUCCCACGCACUUUUGUGAAAAAUGUCCUUUUGGAGCAGUCUGGAAUUGAUAUCCUCAAUAAAAUCAGCGAAGUAAAGCUGACAGUGGCUUCUUUCCUGUCUGACCGAGUUGUAGAUGAAAUUCUGGAUGCACUUUCCCACUGCCAUCAUAAACUGGCUGACCAUUUGACCAGACGUGGCAAACCACUUCCACAGCAGGAAUCACUGGAAAUUGAGUUAGCUGAGGAAAAACCAACUAAACGCUCUAUCAUCACGGUUGAAGAGUUAACAGAGAUAGAACGUUUGGAGGACCUGGACACCUGUAUGGUAAGACACGUUUCCAUGGCCCAUAUGGUUAGACAUACUGAUCACUGGAAGAGAAGUAUAUAUUUCAGAGUGCCUUUUGGCUAUUUCAUGGUAUUGGGAAGCAGAAGGUAAGAGCUGACUUUUAGGA